AUGCGUUUAAUUUUUGUUGGAAAUUAUUAAAGGUUAAUAAUUAUUAUUUGAGUGAAAUUUGUUGUGAUGAUACAUCAAAACAAUCAACAAUAUAUGGACAAAAAAUGUAUAAUAAAUUAUUAGAAAUAUUUGAAGAUAUGUUAAAAAAUAAUGAUGUUACUCAAUUAAAUGAUAUAAAUAAUGAUCCAGUUGAUAUUGAAUUUAUUACAGUUGAUGAAGAUUAUGAUAAGUUAAAUAACAUUGAUGAACCAGCAGUUGACAUAUUUGAUGAUGUUGAUGAUUUGUCUAAAUGUUCUAAUGAUUAUUAUUAUGACAAGUUUUUUACUAAAAGUUUAAAUCCUGAAGUUAUAUUAAAUACUGAGGCUACUGAGACUGUUGUUGAUGAUGAUAAUGAUGAUAAUGAUGAUGAUGAUUCAACAGUAGCAUUUUCAAGUAGUAUGAAAGAAGAGGAUCAUGAUGAUGAUGAUGGAGAUGAUGAUGGAGAUGAUGUAAAUCAUCAUAGAGUUGGUCAUGAAGAAACAGAAGAUAUAGAGUCUGAAAAAUUGACAGAAUCCAUUGAUAAAAAUAAUAUAGUAAACCCUAGAAAAAGAAAAAAAAGUUAUGUACCAUGGGAAAUAAGAAAAAAAGCAGUUAUACUUGCAAAUAAAAAUCCAACUUGGUCAUUAGAAAAAAUAAGUAAAUUAAGUGGUUGUAUAAAUAUUAAAAAACGAGCAACACUUAAAAUAUGGGAACAACAAAUUAAAAAUGGUGGUACUUGUAGAGAUAAAUAUGAAGCAAUUAAUUGUUGGGUUUAUAAUAAAUGUUUAGAAUAUAAAAAUAAUAAUAAAAAAAUUGAUAAUAAUUUAUUAUCUGAAUGGGGUCUUGAAGCUGAAAAUCAUUGUUUACCAAUUACAAAUAAUAGUUUAAAAUUUCAAGCAUCAGAAAAAUGGUUAAGAAAUUUUAAAAAAACACAUGGUAUUGCUGGUCUACCAACAAGGCUUUAUUUUAUUGAUGAUAAAAUGGAAAAAGAUGAAAAACAAGCUGAAGAAAUUGAAGAUGUACCACUUAACAAACGUUUAAUUGGAAAAUUAAAAUCAGCUACAUCAACUGAUUCUACUUGUGAUCAAAUGGACAAUAAAAAUUCAUCUAUAAAUAAUAGUGUUGAUGAUGAUGAUGAUGAAGAUUAUUCACUUGUAGAAAAAUCAGGAGCUUUGGUGCCAUUAAGUGAAAAAAUAAGAGUUAUUAAUACACUCAAGAAUAAUCCAGAUUGGACAGCUGAAAUGAUCAGAGAACAUACUGGUUGUAAAUAUAUUCGAAGUCGUAAAACUCUUCUACAUUGGAUUCAACAAGUAGAAAAUAAAAAAUCAUUGUUUCAAGCUAACAAAAAAAUAAAUGAUUGGGUAUUUAGAAAAUGUGUUGAAUACAAAAAUAAAGAUAUAAUAUUAAAUAAUUAUUCAAUAAUAAAUUUACGCAAUGAAGCCAAAGAAGUAUUAAAUAUUGAUGAUAAAUUUAAACUUCCAGCAGCAUCAACAUGGCUAACUCGUUUUAAAAAAGAAUAUAAUAUAAUUGGUGAUGCGUCAAAUUUAAUAUUACUAGAUAUGAAUGUUAUUUCAUCUUCUUCAUCAACAGCAUCACUAUCAUCAUCACCAGAUAUUUCAAUUGAUAAAUCAAUUAAUAAAGUAAAUGUUAUACCAAUACGUUUACGUGCUAAAAAAAUAUGUGUACCACUUGAUGAAAAAACUAGAGUCGUCAAGCUGGCUAAACAAAUUGGACCAAACUGUUCAUUUAAAACAUUACAAGAAAAAAGUGGAUGUAAAUAUUUAAAAACACGUCAACAAUUGGCUGAAUGGCAAGAACAAGUUGACAAAGGUGGACCAUGUGAUUAUCAAUUUAAUAAAAUAAGUAAUUGGGUUUAUUCAAAAUGUUUAGAAGAAAAAAAAAACAAUAGAAUUAUAACAAAUUCAUUGAUAUGUUGUUGGGGUAUUGAGGCUAAAGAAAAAUUCAUGUUUACAUCUUUGAAAUUUCAAGCAACUAAAGCUUGGGUGACUUUAUUUAAAAGAAAAUAUAAAAUAUAUGGAGAUCCAAAUGAUUUAAAAAUUAGCAAUUAA